CCCCCGUGACUAAAGUUUAUAAAAGCCAAGAAAAAUAUCUCGUUGGAGUUCAGUGCCGUUAUCCGCAACAAAGCGUUAGUCGCCAAGCAGCCAGCAGCAACCCGAAAGAGGCCAGCCACAGAGCAGCACAUUGCUUUUAAUUAGAUUUCUAAUCACCCUAAAACAAACACAAAACAAAGCAAAAUGUCUUCGGAAGUGUCCAGCGAUAACCCCAUCUAUGGCCCCUUCUUCGGUGUUAUGGGCGCAGCCUCCGCCAUCAUCUUUUCGGCUCUCGGCGCUGCUUAUGGCACUGCCAAGUCUGGUACCGGUAUUGCUGCCAUGUCGGUGAUGCGUCCUGAACUGAUCAUGAAAUCCAUCAUUCCUGUUGUCAUGGCGGGUAUCAUUGCCAUUUACGGCCUGGUCGUGGCUGUGCUGAUUGCCGGCGCGCUGGAAGAACCCUCAAAGUACACACUCUUCAGAGGGUUUAUACACUUGGGAGCCGGUCUGUCGGUGGGUUUCUCCGGCCUGGCAGCUGGAUUUGCGAUCGGCAUCGUGGGAGAUGCUGGUGUCCGUGGUACAGCACAGCAGCCCAGAUUGUUCGUCGGCAUGAUCCUGAUUCUCAUCUUCGCCGAAGUGUUGGGUCUCUACGGUCUGAUCGUGGCCAUCUACCUGUACACGAAAUAAAUCAAUCAAUUCAACCACACAACAACAACAGCAAAUAGACAAACAGCACCAGCAGUCUGCGCGGCAACACCAGCAGCCGCGGGAGGAUCGGCAGGUAACAUCAAUCGUAACAUCAGUCCCACAGCAGCGCGCGUGCGGUGGCUGUUCCGGCGGCGACCGUUUGUAUAUAGCAACAAGAUUCAACGGAUCGGAAUAAAGUUCGUCGGCCGAGAAUGGCAAGAGUACCGCCGCGUGUUGCACCCACGGGACAGUGCCUGCCCGAUCCACUAUGGGUUGCUGGCGUCUGAUUUAGCUUAGUUAUUUUCCGUUCAAAUUCAACCUUUAACAAGGAAAACAAUCUGCAGUUAAGUUCGUAAAGUUGUAAUAAUUAUGAGUUUUGCUAUAUCAAGAAAUUCUCCUCUUUUUAUCUUAUUAUUUUGCGCUCCACAUUUGUGUGCUCUUUGUUAUUUGUUUUUUCCAUUAUUAUUAUUAAAUAAUGUUUAGUGUAUAUGUAAAGUUCGUUAAACAAAAGAAAACUGUAAAGAAUCAACCAACAAUUGUCAAAAGAAACCUGUACAUUUGCAAGUGGCUUGCGGCCUGUGGCCACGCGGCCGCACCAGAUGAACAAAAUUAGCGAAAGGGCCCCGCAAGAA